CCGUUUCAAUUUAUUUAUUUAUUUUUCUUUUAUUUGAUGUGUCCUUUCCUUUCCACCUUACAAGUAAAAGUUCCUAUGCAAAUGUAUUUUCUUUUCCUGUGUGAAUAUUCAAUAGCUAUGUGCAUUCUUAGACAUUCUUCAGUUGGGUGUAGUUCUUUUGUGUUUGAUUAGUUGGGUGUGUAUGUGUGUGUGAGUAUAUAAGUGUAUGGUCAGUGUGACUCCAGCCCACUCUAUCACGUAUGAGAGCUCUAUAGACACCAAGACAAAUCUCCUGCUGCCUGCUGCCUGCUGCCACACAUUUUGCUCAGCAGAGUAUUCAGACUCUGAUGCAGAGCAAUACGUAUUAGCAGAGCCGAGCCGUGUACUGCAGCAGUGCCAUUGUAUAGCUGUUUAGCUGGGGCAAUUUUGCUCCACUGUCUGCUGGUGAGCUGUAAAACCAGAUACGGGGAACCUCGCUGCAAAACCAAAGUAUUACUGGGGAUUUCAGCCAGUUUGGGGGUCCUUCCACACCGCAUGUGCAUCCAUUUGAAGUAGAUCGGGACAGUCGCCUACUACUUGCUUGUGCCAAGACCUGACCUCGGGUACUACCACAAGGGCCAGACGAGGACUGGAUUAACCACUUGACAGUUCGGCUGCUCAACUGGAAACCAGAACUGUAUUGGGUUUGCAUUGCUAAAUACCCUGAAUACAUUUAUUGUCAUCGAGUCAAAGAUAGAGUGAAGUCAAGUUAAUUUGUGUCCAAGAACGAGAAAACUACUAUUGUAAUAAGAGUUGUUGUUGUUUUUUGUUUUUUUAUAAAAUACAAAUUAAGGAAACCGUUCAGUGUUGAUUCAUUUUCAAUCAAAGAAAACACAGAAGUGAUCCCACUGGUGUAGCAACUAAAAGUUCAGUUUGUUAAAGUCAACAGAGGUGUAAAUUGAGUAGUUUAACAAAAACCUAGUGUAAAUAAGUCAGUGUAUAGUGCACAUACGUGUACUGUGUUUCAAGUAUACGACUUGAAGAUAAUCUUGUUAAUUCAAGUUCAGUGUAACACCGUUGCCAUUAACGGAAGUGUAAUAAGGUUUUUGUAAACAAAAAGAAACUUAAGUAAUCAAGUUUGGAAACAGGAGUUCAAUCAAAGAUUUUUUUUAUUAAUUUAAUUUCGUAGUCAUAGUCACAGAAGUAUACGUGUACAUUUUUAUCAAUAUAAUUGUGUAGUCCUUCAUUGAAUGUUUUUAAUAUUAAAGUUUUUUGUAAAUAAUUGUCACUGAAAGAAAAUUCUCCGUGUUGAUUUAUUUGCGUUGACAACAGUCUGACAUUUUGGGGGCUUGUCCGGGAAUUCGAAAAAAAAAAAUCCUGUUGUCAGCUCAGAUAAAUAUUUACGUGUAAAUUUUGAUGUGAGGAUAUUUCCAUUGAAAGUUUGUAAUAAUAUUUCUGGUUAAGAUCGUUUUAUUUCAGUGCAGGUUCAUGCCGAAAUCUGGUCUCAGCUCACCCGCGACACUCCCGCUGCGUCAGCCGCUUUGCGUGCUACUUACCGUGGUGCUUGCCGUGCUACUUACCGUGCUGCUUGCAGGAGUUGGUUUGGAACCUAAACGAGCAAUCAUGGAGAAGUGGGUUGAGGUUGGUAAAGAGAUGGGAUUGCAGGGUGGUGACUUAAUGGAUUUCAUUAGAGAGAGAGAGAGAGCGGCAAAGGAAGAGAGAAUGGAGUUGAGGUCGUUGAAGAAACAAGAGCAGGAAAUCCUAGAGAUGAGAAUGAAAGUACAUGAGGCUGAAAGCAAACCAGGUAAGGAGGUAAAACCCACUGUAACCACAAACACCAAGGCAAAGAUGCCUAAACUCCCUAGUUUUCAUGAUGACAAAGAUGACCUUGAUUCAUACUUACAAAGGUUUGAGCGCUAUGCAACUAGUCAGAAAUGGCCACCUGAGACUUGGGCCAUUAACCUAUGUGCACUCCUCACAGGUAAGGCUUUGUAUGUAUCUACCAGAAUCCCAAAAGAUCUUGUGAAUGAUUAUGAUACACUCAAGAAAGCAUUGUUCAAGCAGUAUAACUUAACCGAAGAUGGCUUUCGUGUAAAGUUCCGUACAGCCAAACCAGAUAAAGAGGAAAGCCCGACACAAUUUGCAGUCCGUUUAGAGAAUGAUUUUGACAGGUGGAUCGACUUAGCAAAGAUUGCAGGGACUUAUACUGGAUUGAAGAGUUUGAUUUUAAGAGAACAGUUCAUUAGUAGUUGUAGCCCAGAAUUAUCUAUCUUUCUGAAAGAGCGUUUACCCACAGAUUUGGACAAGAUGGCCAAGUUGGCUGAACAGUUCAUUGAGGCCCGUGGAACAACAUUCGGCCAGUUUACUCACCACAUCAAGAAGCAACCAACCACAACAAGCUUCAGGAAACCCGAGUCGUCGAAGCCUUCUACAGCCCAGAGUCGUUCAACCACUUUUGUGCCGAUGCAAGAGAGGAUUUGCUUCGUCUGCAAGAAGAAGGGGCAUCUCGCCAAAGAUUGUCGUUUCCGAGGAACCCCGAUGAGAGCGUCGAGUAUGUUGGUCGAUGAUGGUAACAACAGUGGACAUCCUAGAGUUAGUCAGUCUGAUGGUGCCGGAGGAUCGCAUGGUGAGUCAACGAAUAAGCAUGAUUGUAAUUGUUCAGAUUGUCCUAGAGGCAGGGAAACCGUUGCCUUUAUGGUUUCACAUAAACUCCCCUCUUUGAGUGAUUGUUGCAGAGAAGACGAUCAUGUUACCCUCAGAUGUGGACAUCAACUGCCCAUCAUGAGUGCUGCCUGCCGAGAGCGUCUCACCGGAAUGCCAGUGAAAGAAGGACAGAUUGGUACCCAGAAAGUGUCCGUGCUCAGAGACAGCGGCUGCAGUGGUGUUGUGGUGCGACAGAGCCUUGUUACCGAUGAUCAGUUGACAGGUGAGCAACGAGCAUGUGUUCUGAUAGAUGGGACAAUCAGAAAGUCACCCGUGGCUAAGAUCUCUAUUGACACCCCAUUCUACCGUGGUCAAGUUGAGGCAAUUUGUAUGAAGAAUCCUGUGUAUGAUGUUAUUUUGGGUAAUGUCCUAGGAGUUCGGGAUCCCAGAGAUCCAGACGAAAACUGGUCUCCUGAGAAAACCACUGGUCCUGACCUUACAUUAGCUGUCCAAACCAGAGCUCAGAAGGCUGCUGAUGAGAAACCUCCUAAGUCAUUGAAGGUGCCAAGCUGUAUUUCUGAUGUUGUCACUGCAGAAGAUCUUCAAGCUGCACAAGAGUCAGAUCCCACACUGCAACGAUGUAGGGAAUUAGCCAAGGAAAGUGAGUUGAGAACGGGUAAAAAUGGCCACACAUCCCACUUUGUAAAGCGCAAGGGUAUAUUGUACCGGCAGUUUCAGUCACCAGCUGUUGACAAUAACAACAUAUUUUUCCAGGUAGUUGUACCCUCAAAAUACAGGUCUCAAGUCAUGAAACUGGCACACGAGUCUCUAUUUGGAGGACAUCUUGGAUCACAGAAAACUUGCGACAGAGUAACAACCAAUUUCUUCUGGCCAGGUAUCCAUUCAUCCAUUCGUCGCUUCGUCAAGUCUUGUGACAUCUGCCAGCGCACCUAUCCAAAGGGAAAGGUCAAGAAACUACCACUUGGAAGUCAUCCUCUGAUAGACACACCAUUUCAGCGUGUGGCUGUAGAUAUCGUUGGACCAAUCCAUCCAGCUACGGACAAGGGUAAUAGGUUCGUAUUGACAGUUGUUGAUUAUGCUACCCGAUACCCAGAAGCAGUUCCCCUCCGUAACAUCGAGACUCCGACAGUGGCUGAAGCAUUAGUUAACAUCUUUUCUAGGGUUGGAGUACCUAAGGAAAUCCUUAGUGAUCAGGGUUCACAAUUCAUGUCUGGUCUGAUGCGAGAAGUCAGUCGCUUGUUGUCAGUGAAACAGCUUACCACUACACCAUACCAUCCCGCCUGUAAUGGCCUUGUGGAACGGUUUAAUGGUACUCUCAAACAGAUGCUUAGGAAGAUGAGCACCGAGAGACCGAAGGACUGGGAUAGAUAUUUUGGAGCUUUGCUUUUUGCAUACCGUGAAGCACCUCAAGCAAGUUUGGGCUUCUCCCCGUUUGAACUCCUCUAUGGGAGGACGAUAAGAGGACCGAUGUCUAUCUUACGGGACCUAUGGACGGGUGAGACUAAAGAGGAAGAUACCAGAACUACUUACCAGUACGUGAUAGACCUGAAGAACCGGUUGAGAGAAACUUGUGAGUUGGCACAACAAAGUCUGAACAAGGCCCAGAUUCGACAGAAGAAGUACUACGACAAGCGCAGUCGAGACAGACAAUUCAAGGUAGGUGAUGAAGUGUUGUUACUCCUUCCAACUGAUAGUAAUAAACUCCUCCUACAGUGGAAGGGACCAUUCCCUGUUGUAGCAAAACAAGGCAAUCUAGAUUACCAAAUUGACAUGAAUGGUACUGUCAAAACUUUUCAUGCAAAUCUGCUUAAGUUGUAUGUUCGCAGGGUAGAAGCCGCCAGAAAUGAGCCAGUGGAGUACGCAUGUGUGUCAGUCAUCGUCGAUGGAGAGUGUGAUGAAGAAGGUGACAACGAAUCUUUACUGCAUUCACCAGUCUUGGAGGCAACAGAGUCAGUAGAUGAUGUUCUGAUCGACCAUGAACUUACCAAACAACAGAGACAAGAGGUAAGAAUAGUUCUUAGUGAGUACCCCAAUGUCCUUACUGAUCUUCCUGGGAGGACUACAGUCGGAGAGCAUGAUAUCAAGUUGACAUCUAAUGAUCCAAUUAGGUUCAAACCAUACCCACUACCGUUUGCAAUGAGAGACACCGUCGAUGAGGAAGUAGCACAAAUGCAGAAGCUAGAGGUCAUCGAGCCAUCACAAUCCCCAUAUGCAUCCCCAAUUGUUCUGGUAGACAAGAAAGAUGGAACCAAAAGAUUUUGCAUAGAUUUUCGAGGUUUGAAUCGCAUAACAGUAUUUGAUGCCGAGCCACUUCCAACCCCAGAUGAAAUAUUUGUUUCACUUUCACAUGAUCGCUAUUUCAGUAAGUUCGACUUAACCAAGGGAUACUGGCAAAUCCCGAUGAGAAAAGAAGCCAGACUAGCCACAGCGUUCCUUACACCGAAUGGGUUGUUUCAGUUUUGCACCAUGCCGUUUGGGUUAGUAAACGCCCCAGCUACGUUUAGUCGGAUAAUGAGAAGGGUUCUGAAAGGUCUGAAGCAUACAGAUAACUUUAUUGAUGACAUCUUAAUUCACACAGCAAGCUGGGAUGAUCAUGUUGUAGCACUUCGAGUACUCUUAGAACGUCUGCAAUCAGCGCAGUUGACAGCAAAACCAAGUAAGUGUGUCAUAGGGGCGCAGAAGUUGGAAUUUUUGGGACACGUUGUUGGACAGGGACAUCUCCAACCACAACCAGACAAGAUGAAGCACAUCCAAGAGGCCAAACGACCAGAGACCAAGAAGCAACUUAGAUCCUUUUUGGGCUUAGCCGGUUAUUACCGGAGGUUUAUCCCAAAUUUUGCUGCAUUGGCUGUACCUCUGACAGAUUUGACAAGGGCGAAAGAACCAAACCGCAUCACGUGGGGAGAGAGUCAGGAGAUGGCAUUCAACACACUCAAGACAAAGUUGUCUACAGAUCCUAUCCUUCAUCUGCCAGAUUGCUCCAAGCCGUUUAUCAUCCGCACUGAUGCAUCCAACACAGGCGUGGGAGCAGUUUUGCUGCAAGAACGAGACGAUACAGGUCAAACAUUUCCUGUGGCGUAUGCCAGCAGAAAACUUCUACCAAGGGAGAGAUCUUAUGCGGUAAUUGAGAAAGAGUGUCUAGCUGUCGUAUGGGGAAUCCAGAAAUUUGAACCGUACCUGUAUGGUCGUCAGUUUGUUCUCCAAACCGAUCACCAGUCUUUGGCGUAUUUGCAUCGAUCCAAGUUGGCGAACGCGAGGAUAAUGCGUUGGGCAUUAGCUCUACAGCCCUACAGGUUCAGAGUAGAAUAUAUCAAAGGGUCCCAAAAUGUUGGUGCUGACUACCUGAGCAGAAGUGAAGUUGAAGGUGAGUGAAUUAAAUUCCCAGAUGUGACUGCCUGAUGAGAGACAUCAGAUUAAAUUUGAAUGAUGUUUCCUAACCAGUGUAAAUAAGUGUUUUUAUGCCUACAGGUUUGAAGGGUUGACUCCCAUCAAGGAUGGAAAAUGUUUUCAGGUAAAACAUUCUUAAAGUGGGAGUGAAAUGUAACAGUCCGUUUCAAUUUAUUUAUUUAUUUUUCUUUUAUUUGAUGUGUCCUUUCCUUUCCACCUUACAAGUAAAAGUUCCUAUGCAAAUGUAUUUUCUUUUCCUGUGUGAAUAUUCAAUAGCUAUGUGCAUUCUUAGACAUUCUUCAGUUGGGUGUAGUUCUUUUGUGUUUGAUUAGUUGGGUGUGUAUGUGUGUGUGAGUAUAUAAGUGUAUGGUCAGUGUGACUCCAGCCCACUCUAUCACGUAUGAGAGCUCUAUAGACACCAAGACAAAUCUCCUGCUGCCUGCUGCCUGCUGCCACACAUUUUGCUCAGCAGAGUAUUCAGACUCUGAUGCAGAGCAAUACGUAUUAGCAGAGCCGAGCCGUGUACUGCAGCAGUGCCAUUGUAUAGCUGUUUAGCUGGGGCAAUUUUGCUCCACUGUCUGCUGGUGAGCUGUAAAACCAGAUACGGGGAACCUCGCUGCAAAACCAAAGUAUUACUGGGGAUUUCAGCCAGUUUGGGGGUCCUUCCACACCGCAUGUGCAUCCAUUUGAAGUAGAUCGGGACAGUCGCCUACUACUUGCUUGUGCCAAGACCUGACCUCGGGUACUACCACAAGGGCCAGACGAGGACUGGAUUAACCACUUGACAGUUCGGCUGCUCAACUGGAAACCAGAACUGUAUUGGGUUUGCAUUGCUAAAUACCCUGAAUACAUUUAUUGUCAUCGAGUCAAAGAUAGAGUGAAGUCAAGUUAAUUUGUGUCCAAGAACGAGAAAACUACUAUUGUAAUAAGAGUUGUUGUUGUUUUUUGUUUUUUUUAUAAAAUACAAAUUAAGGAAACCGUUCAGUGUUGAUUCAUUUUCAAUCAAAGAAAACACAGAAGUGAUCCCACUGGUGUAGCAACUAAAAGUUCAGUUUGUUAAAGUCAACAGAGGUGUAAAUUGAGUAGUUUAACAAAAACCUAGUGUAAAUAAGUCAGUGUAUAGUGCACAUACGUGUACUGUGUUUCAAGUAUACGACUUGAAGAUAAUCUUGUUAAUUCAAGUUCAGUGUAACACCGUUGCCAUUAACGGAAGUGUAAUAAGGUUUUUGUAAACAAAAAGAAACUUAAGUAAUCAAGUUUGGAAACAGGAGUUCAAUCAAAGAUUUUUUUUAUUAAUUUAAUUUCGUAGUCAUAGUCACAGAAGUAUACGUGUACAUUUUUAUCAAUAUAAUUGUGUAGUCCUUCAUUGAAUGUUUUUAAUAUUAAAGUUUUUUGUAAAUAAUUGUCACUGAAA